CGCACAACACAAACACCAGCCAAGACUAUCAUUAUGAAGCUCGUCGUAGCUGGUGCAACUGGCUUCCUGGGCACAGAAGUUGUCCGUCAAGCCCUGUCCCAUCCAAAAAUCACGUCCGUCAUCGCCCUAGCGCGUCGACAAACCCCCAUCCCGGAAGUGUCGGGAUCGCAAGCCGAUGUCUCCAAGUUGAAGCCGGUUGCUUGUGAUGACUUUAUCAACUAUCCCGAGAGCGUCAAAACAGAAUUAUCUGAUGCGGAUGCUUGUAUCUGGCUGAUUGCCAUUACGCCGGCCAAAUCCAAAAUGUUUGCCCAGGAUGAAGUGCGCAAGAUCUGCAACGACUACCCCCUAGCAGCAGUCGACGCAUUUUCAAAGUUCGAACGUAAUAAGACUGAGCCUUUCCGCUUCGUCUACGUCAGUGGUUCCAAUGCAGAACGAGAUCCGGCCAAGAAGCCAUGGGUCAUAGGCGACUACUCUGUGAUGAGGGGCCAAGUUGAAGUACAAGUUAUUGAGCGCGCGCAGAAAUCCAACGGCGCUUUAAAGGCUUGUGUGUUUAAGCCCGGACUGAUCAACACAGAACACACUGGCCUCCUGGUCAAGGGUAUCCAAGGCGUUGCUCGAGUUCUCAUAGGUCUCCCGACUAUCCAGCGAGAUGAGAUGGUAGCAGCCCUGUUGGACAAGGCUAUGAAUGGGUUUGAAAAGGACACUUUUGUGAACGAGGAGCUGAUCGAAAUUGGACAGAGAGUGUUGAAGGCCGAGGUGCCUUCCCAGUAGUUGAGUUCUUAUGCUGGAUAUUUGUUAAGCUAUUAACCUCCGCAUGAGGUAAACAUUCCUUAAUUCUUCAUAAUGUCUUAUUUUCAUUGCAUUACCGUGUUCCUGGUCCUCAGUAAGCUAGCUUCCAAUUUCAACAGCCCAAAUUGUAUCAACUAUUUCUCUUCUUG